AUGAUAAAUAAUAAUCAUUCACCAAGAAAUCCUCUUGGAUUUUUUUCACUUCUCAACAAUGAUCAACCAAACAACAACACCACCACCUCCAUUUCAAGCACAAGUACCACUACUUCUGCCAAUCAUGUUUUAUCAUCACCAAACAAGUCCAAACAGCAGGCUGAAGAAACCCAUGAAAAGUAUAUGGUUUCAUACAAGGUAUCUGAAUGUUCAAAACAUUUAACUUGUAAAAAUGAUAGAGAUUGUUUCUUUUAUCACAAAAUCGAAGAAAAGAGAAGAUGUCCAUUUGAUCUAAAUGGAAACUUAGUUUAUUCCCACCUCCUUUGUCCAGAAAAAUGUGAUAAAGUUAAUUGUAAAUUUUCACAUAAUGAUGUAGAAGUUAUGUACCAUCCAACAAUCUAUAAAACCAAGAUGUGUAAUGAUUUCGCGAGUAGCACAAAUAAGUGUAAAAAGGGACGUUGGUGUGCCUUUGCCCAUGGUGAAUUGGAUCUUCGUGUUGUGUCUAGAUCAGAUGGAGGAGUGAAUGGUUCAAAUGUAUCUUCAUCGCCAUCAAGAGUAUCACCAACUUCCAAGCAAUCCCAUCACAAUGGAAGCAGUCCAUCAAAGUCACCUUAUUCUGGUAAAUCCAUUGGUAAUAAUAAUAAUAAUAAUGGAAGAUUCUCAAAGUCCAACAACAAUAAUGGUCACAGCCACAACAAUAAUAGUCAUAGCAACAACAUUAAUAAUUCCAACAAUGGUUUAUUAUUCAAUCAAUCACCAACAUUAUUAACAACUAAUAUUUCAAAUUCUAAAUAUUAUCCUGAUCAUUAUGAUCCAAUUGCUAUUGGUAAUUUAUUAAGUAAUGAUAUAAUUAGAUUUGGAACUUUAAAGAUUGAUAAAAAUGAUAAACCAUAUGCAUAUGUUGAUACAAAUAUGCUACCUGAAGAUAUAUUGGCAACAAUGGACGGUAUCAAGAAAGAAAAGAUUGGUAUUUUAAAUCAAUUUCAUAGAAAUCGUGCCAUGGAUGGUGAUAUUGUUGUUAUCAAGUUGGACGGUUUGGAUCAACAACCAUCACCACCAUCACAACCAUUACAAGAUUCAAACGAAAGUGAAAACUUGUUUAAAGAAUUGGCUGCUCUUGGAAAUGGCUCCAACUCGUCAUUGAGCAACGAACAAUCCAAUCAUCAAACCAUACCCAUUGGCAUUCAAGAAAAGUGGAGAACUGGUUCAGUUAUUGCAAUUUUAAAAUCCAAUCACAAGACUGUCUACUCGUGCACGUUUAACAAACAAGUUGGUGACGUGCUCUAUUUUACUCCAUUGUUGGAUAAAAAGGUUGAAUGUAUUUUGGUCAAACAUCCACAAAGAACCAUCUUUAAUCCUUCUCACUCUACAUUUUAUAAAAUUGAAACUCAACUCUUAUGGCCAACCAAUUACCCUUUUGUUAUUGGAGAAAUUAAAGAAACCUAUCAAUCUCAUGAUGAAUUGGAACAAGAAAUAAUGUCAUUAAGUUUAGAAAAUGGUUUAAAUGGUGAAUUCUCAGAGGCACUUCAAUUACAAGUUCUUGGCCUCAGAAACAAUAUAAAUACUGUCAAAAGAAAGGAUUUGCGUAACUUUCUUACUUUUUCGAUUCAUCCAAUCCAACAAGACAUUCCAGUUUGCUUUUCGUGUGAACUGUUACCAAAUGGAAAUGUUAAAUAUUAUACACAUAUUAUUGAUAUUACAAAUUAUAUUAAACCAAAAACAUUUACAGACAUUGAAGCAGCAAACCGUGGAUUUCACAUUGAUAUGGGAUCGUAUUCAUAUCCAUUACUACCAACCGAACUCAAAGAACAACUUUCACUGACACCUGGAAAGGACCAAUAUGCCAUCACCGUCGAUUGGGAGCUAUCAGAGAGUAACAUUGUCAAUACCAACAUUUAUUUUUCAGUCAUCAACUCCAAGUGUAACCUGACCUAUGCUCAAUGUCAAUCGUAUCUCGAACCCAAUGGUGUUAUCGUCGGCUCUCCAAACCAUGAUUUAGUGGAAUCUUUAAAGAGAAUGUUUACAGGAUUGAAUCAUUUCUAUUUGUAUUAUGCCAAGAAUACCUAUGAAUAUCCACCUGUCAACUUUAGUUCUCAAGACCACUCGUUUAUCUAUACCAUGGUGGAACAGAUGAAGGUCAUCUCCAACUAUAUCACUGGCAAUAUCACUCCUCUACCAAACCAUCAUUUUAUUUAUAAAUGUUCUACUACAACUCCUCCUGCUUCCAUCAUCGACGAACUAUUGGAUACUGCCAAGACUCACAACAUUGUCUUUCCUACCAUCUGUUCAAAGCAAAAGGAUACCAUCACACUACAAGAUAUCGUUGGAGAUUUAAAAUCUCAUUAUCCACAAGGUUUAAAUUAUUUUCUAUUUAAAAUUGUAAAAUUAAUUAAAUAUCUUGAAUCAUAUACAUUUGAUAAAAAAAGUUAUCAACAAUUCCCAUUUUAUUUGGAAAUCACUGAUCCAUUUAAAAGAUAUGGUGAUAUUUACAAUCAAAGAAUUUUGGCAUGUGCAUUGACCCGUUUACAACAACAAGAUGCUUCGGGCCCAAACAAACUACUAUCUCCAAUGGAGAUAUUUGAUAUCUUGCCACCAUCUCAGCCAACCGGUCAACAGCUUUUGGAUCAUUUGGAGAAAUGUAGAACAAGAACAGCAAAGUUGGAGAGACAGUAUCGUGUCGCUUGCUUUACUCAUCGUCUACGCGCCAAACCACUGUUUACCACCUCUACCAUUGUCGCCAUCACACAAGACAAGAUCGUCAAGCUUUGGGUUCCACUUUUAAGUGCCGUCUUUGAUUUGGAUAUGAAGAUGAUCAAUGGAUGUACAUCCAUGUGGAUGGAUCAAUCAAGCACACUUCAAACUCUAUGGGAUCAAAGAUUCAUUGGUAUUGAUUGCUCAGAUUUCAUUCCUCUCAAAUCAAAUCCAUUAUCACUUUCAACCAUCAAUCAGCCAAUUAAUAACAGCCACCACAACAACAACAACAACAGCAACAAUCAUCAUCAUCAUAACAACAAUAUUAGAAAGUCAUUGGAUGGUCAAAUUCAAAAACCACAAGAUUCACGUUUAAUGCCCAUCAGUUACAAACUCUAUGAUUCACUUCAAAUUCAAAUCUCGUCUCAUCAUAGUAGAAAGGUUAGAACAAACGAGUAUUCUUUGCAAUUCCUUUUCAACAAUGAUUUCUUGCCAUGGUGUAACGAUCAUUAUCAAAAGACUGAAUGUUUCAUCAACUCCAAGUCUAUUACACCAGUUGAUAAUUUCGAUACUGAAGUCGCCUAUAUCAACUAUUGGACCUCUAUCAUUGAUUUGAAUGCUUCUCUUAAUUCAUUACAUAAAUCAGAUUCAGUUUAUGCUCAUGAUUUAACAGUAUCUUGGAGUAAGAAAAAGAAGAAAUAUGUUGGUUCAUUCAAUUUGCCUGCCAAUCAAAUACCAAAGAACAACAAGAUUUGUCGUGGUGAUUUCCUUUGCCUUAGAUAUCUCGGUGAAGAGAAAACCAUUCUAUCAUUACAUGCAUUGAUUACCAAAUCAACAAAAGAUGAAAAGAACCUUGGAAUGUUACUUGUUAAAUUCUCUACUAGAUCUUCAAAAUUAACACAAAAACAUUAUUCAGUUGAAAUAAUAUUUAGAGAUGAAUUUCAUAGAAUGUUGGCAGACAGUGUACAAAAUAUGGUAAGUCCUUCUGAUGAGAUUCGUCAUUUGGUAUUGAAUUCUCUACGUUCCAAUACCGAUGGUUCAAGUAUUGUUAGAAAGGACUAUAGCCAUAACGAUUUUCAAGAUUUUCAAGGUGCAAUUGAUUCACUUCCAAUCAAACCAAAUCAAGAACAACUCGUUGCACUCCAUAGUUCACUCUUUAAUACUGCAACCAUCAUUCAAGGUCCAUCUGGUUCUGGAAAGACUGCUUUGAUAUCUAUUAUCACUUAUCUUGCGGUAGGUGAUUUCAAACAUCAAGGAUUCGUUCCAAAGGUUUUAAUUUGUGGUCCAAAUGAUUAUAGUGUUGAUGUAACAACCAAAUCUUUAUUAGAAUUAUUCCCAACUUUGAAGGUAUUAAGAGUUUAUCAUAGUUCACAGGAGACCAAUGGCCAUUUUGAUAAUGGAAUCUACUCUAUUCCAGAAGAUAUCAAAGGUAUCACUUUGCACCACAAAAUCAAUGAAAAAAGAUUAUCUCUAUCAACUUCAAGAGAUAGUUUAACUUCUUUAUAUUUAAAUGAUGCAAAUGUUAUUUGUUGUACUUCAUUGACAGCAACUGAAAAAAGAAUUAUUGAUUUAAAUAUACGUUGGGUCAUUAUUGAUAAUGCACAUCAAGAGCUUGAACCACAAUCAGUUGGUGCAUUGUCCAAAGCAAAUCAUUUUAUUCUUGUCGGUCAACCAACACCAGAUAUUCCAGCAAACCAAGUAUUGAUCAAAUCAAAAGUCAUCAAGGACAUUUUCUCUACUCCACUCAUCAAGAAUCUUGCAAAGAAGAUUCAACCAUUCAAUCUUGCCCAUGUUUAUUCAACUUCUAUUUUUUCAAAACCUUUAUUUUUCCAAGAUAAAAAAACAAUUACAUUUUUUGAUAUUAAAGGAGAAGAGUCUAGUGAAUCAUCACUUUUUGAAAAGGAUCUAUCUUUUAGUUUCUUCAAGUCAUCAUCAUCAAAGGAUAUGGGAAAUCUAUUGAAUCAAGAAGAAAUCAACUUUACAGUUCACCUACUCCGUUACUUGAUCAAUGUUCUCCAAAUUCCAUCGUCUUCCAUUUCAGUCGUCUCUCCAUAUCCAUGUCAAGCAAGAAAUAUUCACAACGCUUGUAUUCAAAAGCAAUUUCAAAAUCACAACUUAUCCGUCAAGGUUUUAUCAAGUGAUGGUUUUCAAUAUAAUCAAAAUGAUUAUACUAUAGUAUCAAUGGUUAAUAAUAGAUCUUGUGAAUCUAUUGAUUCCUCAAUUGGUUUUGAAAAUGAAGAAAGCUUUAUUAAAAAGAUUCAAAGUUCAACAAGAAAAGGAUUAUUUAUAAUUGGAAAUAUUGGUUCAAUGAAAAACAAAUCAUUAUGGAAACCUAUCGUAGAUCAAUUUGCUCCUCAUUAUGUUCAAUCGGUUGACACUAGCAAAAAUGAAAAACCAAUCUUUGCAACCGAGGACAAGGAUGAUUUCAUUAAAAUCGUGACCCUUCCAACGACAAACAACAACAACAGCCCAAAUGAAAUCCAUCCCAAUGUCCUCCCUUUCUUCUCGUCACUCCAAUUAACCAAUUCCUUUUCCAACAACAACAAUCAAUUAAAUUAA